UGCUUCUACCACCACCACAAAGUGUUCUGCAAAUGCAGACCAGCUGGAGGUGGAAGCCAGGAAGAUACCAUUAUUCCAAAAGACUGAGGGGGGGACUUAACUUCUUAACUUGUUAAAGUUGUUAGUUAUUUUGUCACUGUAGUAUUCACUUAUUUGUGUUAAGUUAAAGUUUAAUUUGUGUCAUUUAUGUUUGUUAAUUAGUUUGUAUGUAUUUUUCUCAUUUGUUGUUAUGUUGUGCCUUCCCCAUUUGAGUCUAGGUUAUUCCACCCCUAUUUAAGUAGUCUUUGUUUUUUGGUCUGGAGGUCAGUUUUGUUUGAGUUUUGUUGCUGUUCAAUUGACCUCAGCUGGGUUGGGCCCAAACUCAUGUCAUUUAUUAUCUGAGUUAUUUUUGUAUUGAAGUUUACCUUUUGUUAACUAUUUUUGACAGUAUUAAAUUGAAGUUUUUCCAAUUUCUGAACACCUUUUGUCCUUGCUUAAGUCUGGUCCACCACAGUUGGUGUCAGGAGUGGGAUCAGUCAGUUAAGGACAUUGGUGUAUUUUAUUUUUUCCUGGUUUUGACCAUUUUUGCAAUAACUACCUCUGGUUUUUUUUUUUUUUUUUUCUCUCUUGCUUUUUUUUCUCUGAUAGGAAGAAAUGCCUGGAAGGGGAAGAGGACGAACAAGAGGACCCAGCUCUGAUCCAGAUGAAAGAGAUGCUGUUGAGGAAGGUGGAGCUGUUGGUGGAGUGUUUGACAUGGAAGAGAAGGGGAGUGAACCAACACUUUCAGAUUUGGCUAGUCUUCUCAGAGCCCAUCUAGGACAACAGAAGGCCAAGGAGGACUACUGGACCAGAGAAGCUGCUAAGCAAGAACAGAAAUUUGAGGAACUGGACAAACAGUUCCGCUGGUUUAAAAGUGAGAUUCAAUCUCAGACCACUUCCCCAGUGCAGUCCUACACAACCACCAGAUCCUGGACUAGCAGCUUCCCCGCAACACAGUCUAUCAGGUGACCUUCUCUAUGCACAUUCUCCGGCACCUAAAUUACAAAAACUUAGUGAAGAGGAUGACAUUGAAAGAAUGGCUUCUGCCUGCAGGUGGCCGAGAACUUACUGGGCUUUUCACUUAAUACCUCUGCUAACAGGCAAGGCUAGAAGUGCCUUUGUGCAUAUGGAUGUUGAUUUGUCUAUGAUCUAUGACCAAGUUAAACUAGCUAUUUUGCAGAAGUAUGAGAUUAACAGUGAAACCUACAGGCAAAGAUUUCGCUCGCUUCAGGUAGAGCCUGAAGAAACUCCAAAAGAGCUCUACAUAAGGCUGAAGGAGCUUUAUAGUAAAUGGGUGCAACCUAAUGGUAAAACACUGGAACAAAUCAAUGAAAUAAUUAUUCUUGAGCAGUAUUUAAGAAUGUUGUCAUCAGAGCUACAGGUGUGGAUAAAGGAACAUAAUCCAAAGACUGCAAAGAAGGCUGCUGAACUGGCUGACGUGUUUGUGGCUGCUAGGAGGAGGAACCUGUCUUGGCCUUUCCAAAGCUGGAAAAAGGAUGGCUGCAAGCAAUCAUCAGCCCAACAGGUUUCAGCUGUGGGUAAGACCCCUGUGAAAAGAUUUGACACAAAAUUUCAGGGGAAGAAGCCUGUCUGUUACUUAUGUGGACAGGAGGGUCACACCAAACCAAUGUGCCCUCAAAAUGCUGUUAAAUUGUCCCAGAUGUGUUUUGUGCCAAGGGAAGAGACUCAAAAUGCUGGAUCAACGCAGCCAUUAAUGGAGACGUAUGUGAAGCUCAAUGGUCAGACACUGAAAGCACUGAUUGAUACAGGGAGUACACAGACCUUGGUCCAGCAAAGGUUCUGCAAAUGCAGACCAGCUGGAGGUGGAAGCCAGGAAGAUACCAUUAUUCCAAAAGACUGAGGGGGGGACUUAACUUCUUAACUUGUUAAAGUUGUUAGUUAUUUUGUCACUGUAGUAUUCACUUAUUUGUGUUAAGUUAAAGUUUAAUUUGUGUCAUUUAUGUUUGUUAAUUAGUUUGUAUGUAUUUUUCUCAUUUGUUGUUAUGUUGUGCCUUCCCCAUUUGAGUCUAGGUUAUUCCACCCCUAUUUAAGUAGUCUUUGUUUUUUGGUCUGGAGGUCAGUUUUGUUUGAGUUUUGUUGCUGUUCAAUUGACCUCAGCUGGGUUGGGCCCAAACUCAUGUCAUUUAUUAUCUGAGUUAUUUUUGUAUUGAAGUUUACCUUUUGUUAACUAUUUUUGACAGUAUUAAAUUGAAGUUUUUCCAAUUUUUGAA